CAAAAAGAACUUUAAUAUAAAAAAAAGAUGCAGGGAAUAUCAUUAGAGUUUGAUCAGCAAAAUUUUCUUGACACCAUGCAGCAUCUCUUCAAUGAUCCCGACUUUCCCCAAAUCUUUUCAGAACUAAACUCAUUCAAUAACACCAUCCAAACACCUAGAAACCCAGGUUCAGAGAACACCAUAUUUGCACAAAACAUGGUUCAACGCAAUCAAGAAAAAUAUGCAGAUGAUCAUAUCGUCCCAUUGCAAAAGACUUCGUCAGAAAAUGAUAAGGAGCCAUCUUCAGAUCAGGUGCCUUUGGAAAAGAAGAAAUACAAAGGAGUUAGGAGAAGGCCAUGGGGAAAAUAUGCUGCAGAAAUAAGGGAUCCUGAAAGAAAAGGCGCUAGACUUUGGCUAGGGACAUAUGAAACUCCUGAGGAUGCAGCAUUGGCUUAUGACAGAACUGCAUUUAAACUGCGCGGUUCAAGAGCUGUACUCAAUUUCCCUCACUUGAUUGAAUCUAAUGUUACUGAAAUUAACAGAGUGAGGCCAAGGAGACGUUCACGUUCACCGGAUAUUGAGCUUUCAUCUGAUCAGCAUGAUGGUCCGAUUUCAAAGAGGAGAAAUGUUGACCUAAUUAACAGCUUAGCUACAGCCAACUUGGAUAGCCAAAUUAUCGUGGAGAGAUGUUUAACGUCUAGUUUUUUUGCCUGAAGAAAAUCUAACACUUACUACAACAUUAUGCAUCAACGGCUACAAAUAAAAAAUCGUGGCUAUUACCUAGCAAUAGCCAUAAAAAUUGAAAUUUCGUGGUUGUUCACAAUUUGGUGAAAUUUCUUGGCUACAAUAAGUAAAUUGACAAAGCUAAUUCCUUCUUUUUGCUAUAAUUGGUUAGUAUCGUAAUAAUAACUACAAAAAUAGCUACAC